CAGCAGCCUUUUAAAGACAACAGCUAGGAGGAACUGCAGCAAACCUUCUGCAAUUUCUUCUGUUCUGAGGAAGUAGAGAUCUGGGACCUGACAUUUAAAAAAGCAAUGAGUGAGCAAAAGGGUACUGAGACAACCAGUGAAAAGGAGAAGCCCUCUGGCGAGAAUGAUGGACAGAAGAAAAUUCAAGAGGAAUUUCAAAUUGACAUGGAUGCCCCGGAGACCGAACGUGCAGCAGUGGCAAUACAAUCUCAGUUCAGAAAGUUCCAGAAGAAAAAGGCAGGGUCCCAGGCUUAGUGCUACGUUUCCUCAUGGUUAAUGACAGUGAAUAGAUUUCUACAGUCAUCAGACAAGAAACAUGUGACAAAAUAAGCUAAUCAGCACAAAACCAACAGCCUAAAAAUAGCCCACAUUAGCCAUCUGAAUGACAAAUAUGAAGUGCAUGGAGAGAAGUUCUUGGUCUUUACAUCCCCGUCAGAUGGUGUGAGGCAAUGCUAUUGAAGUAACUACCAUGAUCUGUUUAGCUCUGGUUCUCGUUCUGUUUCCCCUGUAGCUAACAGCUUGAUUUGAUGUAAUAAUACAACAAAAUAAAGAAGUAUUUGUCUUCAUUUGCUAUUUAUCUUAAUAAAACGUUAUACAAAACAGAUUUAUAUUUUUAUCUCCUCUCAAACCUGGGCGACAUCAUUUGGAGAUUUGAUUUUCUCAU